UAUAAGACGAAUAAUUUAAUUACUUCUUGUCACAGUGAAGAACAGGUAUUUCGUUAAAAUGGAGUCUGAAUCGGAUGCCGUGCGCAAUGUGAUUUCUUUAUAAGGAUCUAAACAUUUUUUGUUGGACAUUUUAGAAAUGUUCUAUGCGGCGGCAUAAUCGACGUAUCCAACAAAUGUGUCGUAUAUAGUAAAAUAUUAUAGAGGAUUCAUACCGCGUUCAAUAUGCGACAUAUAGCAUCGGAUAACCAAUAGAUGAAAAUUCAUUUUUCGGAGACAAAAAUUUUCUUAGGUAGAAACUCUAAAACCGAAAUCUCUUAUUGGACAUUGAAUGUAGCAUACAAUAUGUCGGAUGCAGCAACGUGCAGGUUGAAUCCUCCGACAAACUGGAUUAAAUAUGGGCGUUUUGCUUUCGAAAGAGUCGUUCCGUCAUCGGCAUUUAAUUAUAAAAUUGAUAAAAUUGGAACGAUGCUUUCAGUAGGAAAACGUCGGAAGUGGACCAAAUCUAAAAAGUACGCUCCAUAAGCGUAAUAGCGUUGAGAGAAGUGCGACGGCGUGUGUUCGUUUGCAGCUGUUUAUUGAGAAACGAAACGUAAUGUAGCUAUGAUGUAACAGCGCGACAAUUUUCGUGGCGAUGGUAAAACAAUGAAGAAAUUUCAGCAAUUUCCGAUGGGACAUCCUGUAUCCUGAGAGAAUGGGAUACAAUCAUAUGAAUAAAUAUAAUUUCUAAUCAACGAACAACAAAAGGACUGGUCUCCAAAGCAAGAAUAUGGAAUCAUUGGGAAUAUUAUAUGGCAUCGUUGCCGUAAUCCUCGCACUUUAUUACUACUUUACAUCAACCUUUGGCUUUUGGAAGUCACGUGGCAUUCACGGUCCACAACCAAUACCAUUGUUCGGUAAUGUUAAGGACGUUAUGUUCGCUAGGAAGGCAAUGUGUAAUUAUUUGAUGGAAAUAUGUAACGUCUACAAAGAUGAGCCUAUGAUUGGUAUAUUCGUUAGGCGGACUCCUGUCCUUAUCGUAAAAGAUCCAGAUUUAAUCAAGGAUAUUCUUAUCAAAGAUUUCUCAAAUUUUCCCGAAAGAGGAUUUACUACUCACGAAAGGGCUGAUCCGUUAUCGCAACAUCUAGUAGCUUUGGAGGAGAAAAGAUGGAGACCCUUAAGGACAAAGUUGUCUCCUGUUUUUACAUCGGGCAAGCUGAGGGAAAUGUUCCUUCUAAUAUUGAAAUGCUCCGAACACUUGGAAAGAUAUGUGGAAAAACUGGUGAGCAGGAGCGAGAUCAUAGAGUGUUGCGCAUUAACGGCCAAAUAUACGACUGAUGUUAUUAGUAGCUGUGCUUUCGGUAUCGAUACGAAUUCUCUGUCGGAUGUGGAGAGCGAAUUUCUCAAAAUGGGAAGAGAAGUAUUUGACCCGAAAUGGUACAACUUGAUACGACUGAAAAUCAAGCAAAAUGCACCACAGUUGUUUGAUAUUCUCGGUUAUGUUUUACCACAAACGAAGGUAACGAAAUUUUUUACACGCAUUAUCAUGGAGAAUAUCGAGUACAGAGAAAGGAACAAUAUUAUUAGACACGAUUUCGUCGAUGUGUUGCGCGAAUUAAAAAGGCAUCCAGACAAAAUCGACAUCGAAUUGACCGACAGUGUAAUCGCCUCUCAAGCAUUCAUCUUUUUUCUCGCUGGUUUUGAAAGCUCAUCGUCGGCCAUGACCCAUGCCCUUUACGAAUUGGCGCAAAAUCAUAAAAUACAGGAUACACUACGCGAAGAAAUUGAGCAAGAGUGUGCGAAAGAUGAGGAUGUUUUGACAUACGACAAUGUCAAGAAGAUGAAUUACUUGGAUAAAGUUUUGAGAGAAACUUUGCGGAAAUAUCCACCGGCAACAUUUCUGAUGAGGCAGUCCACAUCGAGUUAUACCUUCGACAGUGUUAAAACUAAUAUACCCAAAGGUCAACCUGUAUGGAUACCGGUUUACGCGAUUCAACGAGACCCAAAUAUCUAUCCGAAUCCAGAUAUUUUUGAUCCAGAGAGAUUCAAGGGAGAAGUUAUGCAAAACAGGAAUACAAUGUAUUAUCUUCCUUUUGGCAGCGGUCCGAGAAAUUGCAUCGGUUCUCGCUUCGCUGCGUAUCAAAUCAAAGUGGGACUUGUAAAGAUAUUGCGAAAGUAUAGCAUUGAAAUAUGUGAAAAAACUCAAUUACCUUACGCGAAUGAUCCUAAAGCGUUUUUAUUAACGCCAAUGGGUGGAAUAUAUUUGAAAAUAAGAAAAAUUAAUUGAAAGUAAGAUAUUUAUGAUAUACACGUUCUUUUUAAGGGUGCGCUGAAAAUAAGGAAAGUUACUGCUGCUGGACAUACAAUAAACUGAUCAAUAAAUACGUUUUUGAAAACA